GAUGCCGUUGAUCUGUGAGGCUGAGGCGGGAAGCGCGUGCGUCUCACACGCUCCAAACGGUUGGAGACGCUAAAUGAGCUCGAACUGGAGGAUGAAGAGGAGCAUUUCUUGAAUACGUUUUCUUUCCUUGCUAACGUUAGCACUUAUGCUGCGCAUUUGUAUGCUCCCGCUUCAGGCAAAGACUUUUUAUUUGAGUUUAUUUAUUUGUUCGUUCUUGUCACACCAAGUAGACGUAAUCCUCACCGGAGCAGCUCGGUGUUGCUUACAUUCUCUCCUGCUGCUUUAGAAAAGGGGGAAAAAACGCACAUCGCUACUGAAAAACCACGCGACCUAGAACAUGAGACUGAAUGGGGAGUGAACGUCUGAGGAGAUCCCUUAUCAACAAGAAACACCUUAGUUCAAACUUACCUCAAUUCACCGUCGUUGCGCCGUCGGUUAUUCUCAAGAUGAGUGGACGUUUGAACGGAACUGGCGUGGAUAUCUGCUAAACUUGGUAAAUAUGUGAGACAUAUUAAUAUGUGUAGUCGCAGGGCUCCACCUGGGAGACGAAGGUGGUCGCUUUUCUCCGCUUGACAGCUCAGAACGAAAAACGCGUUGUUUGUUCAGACUCCGGGAGUGGAUGUCGCUGGCCAGGGUGCUGAAUUUCACCAGGACCGGGUCAGACAUAAAGGAAGGAAAGUGACGGAUCAGUGAGACGCUCAGGCGUGCCUUGAAUAUAUUUUCAUAUUCUACAAUCUGGAGGAGCCGGACAACUCAUAUGAUAAUAAUUUUCCGAAAAGCGUUGUGAAAUCAGGAAUGAAAAGUAACCUGCGAGCCGCGUGACUCCGAAAUGAAAAUUGGACAACAUGUGAAAUACGGACAGUUGAGUAACACUUCACCUUUGUAUUCAUUAUGCAAAUCCAUUUUCUUAUUUCGCCACUGGUGAUGUGUGGAUAUCUUUGAUCAUCAUCCGUGCAUUUCAGAGGGCAGAGCACACAAACAGUCGCAAAAAUGGGACAAUAAUUGAGACCGAUCGGGCGGUUUGUUGUUGUUCUCUGUGCGUGUGUGUAAGGGGUUCAACAGCCCUGUUUUUGAGACAUGGCAGCGGCGAUUGCCAGCGGUUUGAUCCGCCAGAAGAGACAGGCACGGGAGCAGCAUAUAGACCGACCAUCCACCAACAGAAGGAGAAAAAGCCCCAAUAAGAAUAAAGGGCUUUGCAAUGGGAAUCUGGUCGACAUCUUCUCCAAAGUGCGAAUCUUCGGCCUCAGGAAACGCAGACUACGACGACAAGAUCCCCAGCUCAAGGGUAUAGUGACCAGGUUAUAUUGCAGGCAGGGAUACUACUUGCAAAUGAACACAGAUGGAUCUCUGGAUGGGACUAAGGAUGACAGUAGUAAUUCUUCGUUGUUCAACCUCAUCCCUGUGGGCCUUCGGGUCGUUGCUAUUCAGUCUGUGAAGACAGGCUUGUACAUUGCCAUGAAUGGAGAAGGCCAUCUGUACACAUCAGAAUUGUUUACGCCGGAAUGCAAGUUUAAAGAGUCUGUGUUUGAAAACUACUAUGUGAUCUACUCAUCCAUGCUGUAUAGGCAGCAGGAGUCGGGGAGAGCAUGGUUCCUUGGCUUAAAUAAAGAUGGCCAGGCCAUGAAGGGGAACCGGGUGAAGAAAACUAAACCAGCUGCUCACUUCCUGCCCAAGCCAUUAGAAGUCGCUAUGUACCGAGAGCCAUCAUUGCAUGACGUGGGGGAGACCGUGCCCAAACCUGCCGUGCCUCCCAGUAAAAGCACAGAGCCGGCCAUCAUGAACGGAGGCAAACCUGUCAGCAAGGAAACCAAGCCCACCACAUAGCUAGAUCCCAUCUCAGCCAUGCUCAGCCUGGGAGAGCCGUGCUUCUUUUGUCAGACUCUCCAUGUUUGUGGAUCAGAUCCAGGUAUCCUCUGCUCUCUCCUCCCUGUUCCCUCCGUCCAUCUUCACUCCUCUGAUCUAAUUUGACGAUGGACUGGCUCCGGGAGAGUGGUCAGCUGUGCACGUAGGAGGAUGCAACUGGAUAAACCAGCUAAACUUUCACCAAGGAAUGCCCUAACUGAUAUGGAAUGCCUUUUGACAUACAAUAAAGCUGAUGUUUUUUCUGUAAUCGAAAACCGCAGGCGCUUGUGUGGCGGUUCUUUCGCCUGCUAACAGUCACCCAUUACAACCCUUUGCUUGAACCCUGUCGCAGCAGAGACCAUACAUUUCAAAUCUAUUUUCUAUAUACACAGUAACACCAGCUACGCUCUGGGGUAAUACUGUAAAGAUAUACAUAUAUGGAUUAGAAUCCUCAACUUGUUUUUUUUUUGUUUUGCUUUUUUAUCAAGUACGCUCUUGUGUCUCCUUCUUUCUAGGUGUCCCACAGUCUCUAUAGCUCGAAUUUCCAAAUCUUUCCCUUUUGUCGGUUACUUACGAAAUUUGUUAUUGGGGCAGUGUGCAAUGCGUUCUAGUGUGCAGUCAUUCAACCACAAUGAUGGAUUUUCCACAAAGUCCUUUCAUGUUGAUAAUGGUCAAGAGACAUCAAUCUUUCAAGGGGAUGGAGCCUCCUAAAGAAAAUCAAACUCAUUAUCCAAGGUUCAGUACUCGUGUCUUCUUCUUGCAAUGUCUAGAGAGGGACACAAGUAUGCCGGCGAGUGCACAAGUCAUGCCCGCAGCAGUCCAACACAAGGAGUUGGCAUGUGCUGGGGAAGGUGUAUAGAGUACAUAUCACUAUCUAGUACGGUGUAAAUCGGUUUCAACCCCAGUAACUAGGUGACUUUCCACUUUUCUUUGCUCUUAAUUUAGAGCGUGGGCUCUAGGAAUAUCUAUAGGCCUUGUAGGCCUCUGGUCAAGGCCCCACUUUGACAUGCUGACUCCUCUGAACUAUGGGCUAGUUCUGGUGAGCACCUUAAAUGUGACAAGAGUGGCAGCCGUAGAUAAAUACAGUCUACUUCAGGCCUGUGCGGUUAAAUGGCUCAAUAUAAGUAGGCACCAUUACUAUUGGCUGCACACCCAUUUUGUUCAGCAAAGGCAUGGCCAAGGUUAGUAUUAUGUUCUGUUCUUGCAGCGCUGACGCAGUGCAAGAAAUGGCUUCUAUAACAAUGUUUUCACUGUAUACAAAUAAAGAAAAAAGAAAAAAAAAAGUAAAUAAAUAAGAUUUUUAACUACCAGAUAUUAUCAGAGAUUCUGAAAUGAGAGGGAUUUUCCUAGCUCAGCAUGCAGAGUCCAGUACUGCUCAUCCUGUGCCUGUGAUGACCUCUAACCCAGCAUGCAAAAACAUGUACCCAGUCUGUGCUGGGUUAAAGGUGCCUCAUGCCCCAGACACUGACACACACAAACAAAUUCAGUAGCAACUUAAUCCACAAACAUACAGAAGUUGAUUGUUACCAAAGUACGUAAACACGAGAAUCCAGCCGAACAAUUUAAGUAACUCGGUUUUUAGUAACGGUUUUUGUCCUCACUGUGACUAGGGUUCAUCAUGUAGAACAAUUGUCUCGACUUUUUAAAUCGUUUCAAUUAAAACUUGAAGAGAUUACAAAUGAUAUCCUUCACUUCGAUUGUUCAUUUAGUAUAAAACCGGGGUACCUAUUACUAAUCACCUGCAUGCGUCUUCUCAAGGACCAAAGUAUGGGAUGGCUAGAAAUGUUUAAAGCUAGUUUGAGCCAUAGGGCUACACUGAAUGGGCAUGAUUAUAUGAGGCUCUCUCAUACUCUGGAUUGAGACCAUGGCACUUUGCGUUUGAAAUCGUCAUCUACUCACAUCUACUUAGCCAAUUAUCAGUUGAGCUGACAUGAAGCCUGUCUUGCUUUAACAGUUUUCAUAGUUUGAAUGAUGAAUACUGUUUAGAAUGUUAUGAAGUAGACCGAGGCUAUGCUGCUAAAUACAAAUAUAUUCUACACUUCAAUUGAAGACCUAUAUUUUCAUUUAUUGGGAUUUUGAGCUAGUUUCAUAUUAGGAGAUGUUCAAGCACAUUAGACUUAAUAUUUGUAUGUACAAAGUCGAAUUUAAUGCUAGAAUGAGAUGCAGUACUAUACAGGAAAAGUAGCUUCAUAUUUGAAAUUAGUUCCAGGCUGGUGUCCCACUUCCACACGAAACAAAUCACUCACUCCAAUGAGCUCUACAUGCUGGGCUAUAGCUGCCCUGCAGACCAGUGAACUGGUUUUACGAAGGUUGAAUUUAUUUUUGUAAGUGACUUGUGAGUAUGUGUGCAUUAGUUAGUACGUUCGCUUGUUUUUUCCUCUUUCAAAUGUCUGUGUUUGUUUGGUUCCAUUCAGGUCGUGUGCGUGACGUCAUUAAAUUGUAAUGAGCAAACGCUGAUCAUGUCUGUGUUUUCUCCGUAUUUCUGAUUUUCAGUGGUGAAGGAAGGUCUCCAUUGUCUGUUGAUUGGUUUUGAACAUUGAUUUGACAGUUACUUCAUCUGUUGCAUGGGAAGAGGGUGGUAUAUAUGAACUGCAUGUUGUAGGCUAUGUGUAUCAUGGACUGUUGGUAUGUUCUGCUAAUUUUACAUACAUAUAUGCAAUGAGUUUGUCUGCACUGUACAGUUUGUGUUUGUUGUAUACACAGAGACAACAUAUUGAAUAAAAUAUUUAUAUAAA